AGUUGGCAAGCUUCUAUCCAUCUAAUUCUCGCUAAAAAGUGACAGUGCUUUCCAUUUCCAGUGCUUUCUGUACUCUAAUUGGAGAGUGUUGGGAGUUCCGUCUGCUUCCGUCUGCCAAUUGAUUAUCUGUAAUGUCUUAUACUGUAUAUACUGUGAUCGAAUUAUCAUAGGUCUCGUGCGUGAUCGGUGUAGAUUUGAUACGUAAACACGUGAGAGAAACCAACAAUCAUGGUACAGCAAUAUCAAUCUCCCGUGCGAGUUUACAAGCACCCUUUCGCUCUUGUCAUGAUGGCAUAUGAGCGUAGGUUUCCAACAUGUCCACAGAUACCAGUUUUUGUUGGAUGUGAAGUCAUGUUGGAUGAAGAGACCGAGAAUGGUGCUAUUAGAACCACGGAGAGGCGGUGUAAAUUAAAUGUUGACGCACCUUAUAUCUUGAAAAAGAUAAUUGGUGUGGAUUUUGUAUACUUUAUUCAAAGGAAUGUUUUAAAUAGGCGCAAUAGUGUUUUAGAAAUAGAAGCAUACAACGAAAGCUUUUCCAGUAGAGUAACUGUUAUUGAAAAAUGUAGAUAUUUUAUCCAUCCUGAAAAUCCAGAAUGGACUUGCUUCGAACAAACAGCAAGUUUAGAUAUUAAAAAUUUUUUUGGCUUUGAAAACUCAAUGGAAAAAUUAGCAAUGAAGCAAUAUGCACAAAAUAUUGCAAAGGGCAAAGAAAUUAUCGAAUAUUUUAUAAACGAAUUGAAAGAAGAAGGCAUUACUUAUGUUGCUCCUUGGGUAGACCCACAGAAAAGCUCUUCUGAAGAAGAAAAGAAAAAUGUGGACGAAAAUAGUGACAUAGAAUUAUGUAACACCGACAGCAAACUGCCCAGCAGCAGAGAAAUGCAGCUGUCAUCGGAUUACAUAGAGAGAUACUUAGGAAAAUUAGAUAUGAUGCAGGAAAGCAAAUUAGUGCAACUUAGACAUAGCAUUGAAGAACUGAGAGGUAGUUCGGUACCGGGUUAUGCAACACUCCUUCGAUUCUUAAGGGCUACAGAAUUUUCUGUUGAAAAGGCUAGAGAAAUGUUGACGCAAUCCUUACAUUGGAGGAAGAAGCAUCAGAUCGAUAAACUUCUUGAUGAAUAUGAAAUGCCACAAGUAAUUAAAGAUUACUUUCCUGGUGGCUGGCAUCACUUUGAUAAAGAUGGACGACCUUUAUACAUCUUAAGGUUGGGUCAGAUGGAUGUUAAAGGUCUACUUAAAUCGAUUGGAGAAGAUGAACUAUUAUUACUAGCUUUACAUAUCUGCGAAGAAGGUCUGCACUUGAUGGAAGAAGCUACUACUGUUUGGGAUCAUCCGGUUUUUCAAUGGACACUACUAAUAGAUUUAGAAGGCUUAAAUAUGCGACAUUUAUGGAGACCCGGAAUAAAAGCAUUAUUGAGAAUAAUAGAAAUAGUUGAAGCAAAUUAUCCAGAAACAAUGGGAAGGGUUCUAAUCAUGCGUGCCCCCAGAUGUUUCCCUAUUUUAUGGACCCUUAUCAGUACUUUUAUUAAUGAAAAUACUAGGAAGAAGUUUAUUUUUUAUUGCGGGACAGAUUAUCAAGAACAAGGACCCGGAGGUCUUAAUGAAUACAUUAAUCAAGAAUUUAUUCCUGAUUUUCUUGGUGGUUCCUCAGAGACAGACGUAAUGGAAGGUGGAGUAGUACCGAAGAACUUAUAUAGAGUGGAUUUGGAGGGUACCACCGGUGAGCACGAGCACAGUCUGUAUCACUCUAUCAGCUUGAGCCGUGGACAAACUCAUCAUAUAUUCAUAGAAUCAGAUGAUCCAGGUGCUGUUUUGACAUGGGAUUUCGAUGUAAUGCGGCAUAAUGUUAUAUUUACAGUACUUCACAAAUCUCGAAACGGUGAAAACAGUGCUAUUUCAGAACUUCCAGAGCUUGCAACAGGCGGUGAUCAUGAAAUUGUUGCUACAAAAGAGUUAAAAGAUAAUUACGUUAAAGUCGAACAUAGCAUAAUUUGUCAUGAUGGUGAAAGUAUCCAAGGUUCUCAUAUCAUGCAGGAUACAGGUACUUAUGUAUUACAGUGGCAAAAUCAAGAAGACCAAGCUGAAUUUCUUCCAUCUAUUAGCUCUCAUAAGGCUCAACUUAUGUAUUUUUAUGAAACAUUGCCAUCUGCACAUUACAGAGGUUCAAUGAUGAGUUUACAGUCAGCCAUAAGUGGAAGAUCAGAGGCUAGUUCAUCCUUAUCCAGAUGAAAAGCAAUGAGUAUAGACGAAUUGCAGGAGGAGGACAUAAAAUUUGAUUUAUAAUAUUUUACCAAUAUGUGUUAUAAAAACACGAAUCUCAUUUAAAUUCCAUGAGACUAAAGUAUAAUUUAUAUUUUAGUCUAAUAUUUUAAUUUUGUUGACGAAGUAGAGCUUUUCUAUACACAUCAAUAAUUUAAAUACUGCUCGAAAUCUCAAGGCUAAAAUACUCUCAUCUUGACAAUUAUAUAAUGUUAUCAUGUUAUAUAUAGUUGUUAAACAAUAAUACAAUAUAUAAUAAUGUUAUCUAAUAUUUAAACUUUAUUUUUUCAUAUAAAUUAGAUGAAAUUUAAUACUCGGAAUAAAAUCAUGUACAUUUUAUAGAUUGUAUUACAAUUUAAGCAAACUUCACAGCAAGAGCAUGUUAUAGUUUCCAGCUCCAAAGUGGAUGGUAAUCCAAAUUAAGCAAGUGAAUUGUGAUUUAAUAUUAAUUUAUAUACAUAUAUUUACAUAAAGAACAUAAAGAACGGGUAACGGAAAUCGUUCUUCCCUCAUUACAUUUAACUAAAAUUUUGUCUUAAAGAAAGAUUCAUAAACAAACUAAUUUUUAUAGCAUAAUAUUGUAGUAUAUAGUAAUUUUAUAUAUAGUGAAAUUCCAUUCCAUUGCUGAUUGAUAGAACACAUUGUACUACAUUUAGACAUUUUUAACAUACUUCCACAAAACAUUGUGUAUGAAGUUAAUUAUAAAAUCACAAAUCCUCUAAUUAGGGAAUGGGUAAUAAAAAAUUACAUAAUUUAGAACAUGUUAAUUUAUUAUUGGUGUGUUUAAAUUAAGUUAAGAACAUUAUGUGUAGUAAUUACAAUUGCACCGUCGAGCUACCUAAAAAUUAAUAAGAACAUAUAAUAAGAACCUUAAUAAUUUAUUAUGUGCCAAAACAAAUGUAAAAACUAAUGAAAAAUAUUUUCAGAAAUAAAACCAAUUUUACUAUAAAUAAAAAUAAAACUAAUUUUGAGAUAACAAUAUACUUAUAUAUUAUAAAUAUUAUAAUUAAUUAUAAUUAAUCAUUUAUUUAUUAAAUUUAUCAAUGUUUUGGCAGCAUCUGAAUAUGUCAAUAUUGUUACUGUUAAUUUUCUGGUAGCCUAAUGAGAAUCCAAUUAAUUUUAUGUGUAUAUAAUAAUAAAUUACCUAAUGAUAAAUUAACAUACUGACAUGUGUAAACUAAUAAAGAGUAAUCAAUUCUAAAAUGCAGGAUACUCGAAACACAAAUAAUUAUAGUCAUUUAUACAAUGCAUAAUAUGAAAACAACAUUAAGAAUGCUCAUACUUUCCAUAGUAAAUAUUGUACGAAAACAUAUGAGAAAGCUUUCGUAUACAAGAUAGGAUAUUAUCUUUAAUCACCAAGGCAUAAUUUGUAAGAACAAACUCCGUUUAUUUAUCAAUGAAUUAUGCCAAUAGAAACAUUGUUCUGUCUUUGUGAUAAAUUUUGUCUUGAUGAUUAACUGAUUGCAACUAAUAAUUCAAGUGAGGAAACACAACAUAUUUUUCAGACGCAGAUUUUUAGAAUAAACGCAGAAUAGACGUGUUUUUACUAGGAUAGUAUAUAACAAAAUAAAAUUGUAUGGCCGGCCAAUACUUGUUAAAUAGUUAAUUAAAGAUAUCAUAUUUAUUAUUAGGGUACAAUUAAUUAUUUUGAAAUGUAAUUGUAUAAUUAGUAUGCAAAAUGUGUAGCAGACUAUUAUCAUAUUAUGCGAAGAAAUGAGAUGUACGCGAGUAUUAAAUUUGAAUAAUAGAAAGAAAAAUUUCUAGAAUUUAUUACUAUCCCACAGAAUACAAGUUGCGUCUUCUUUACGAUUAGAAAUGAUGUAGUAAGUCGGAAAUUAUGACAUUGUCUCAAAGUAAGAGAAACAUGAUCUAUGUUACUUAUUUUAAAGUGUCACAUAAUAUAGCGAAGUAGCUAGUAAUAUUGUUAUUUCUAUUGUCAUCGCAUACAAUGUUGAAGGCAAUAAAAUUUAAACAGAUUUA